CAGUAGGUGCAGUGCCGUCUAAGAUUGCUGGAGGCAGUGUGUCUCCCUUAUUGUUCGGGUAGCGAAACUCUGUGUGAAUCUGCUACUAGUUUCAAUGUAAUCCCGUAUCCACAGGCAGUCGGUCCGACAUGGCGACCGUGCAGAAGCCUUGCUUCGCAACAACCAACAUCUGAUUUCCUAAACGUUGCGACUGUGUUCUCAAGGGGGAGCGGAAACUACAGUAACACAGUAAAAAAAUCGUACACGUGGAAUAUCUGCGGAUUUUACGGAAAGGGUGAAACAGGUAGCUGCAUCAUGGAGUGACGUAUCUUGGAACACUCUGUGCCCAGACAGGAAGCCUAUCUGCCUCUCCAGUGGAACCUGAAAUUGACCUCUGGGCACAUUGUCAUUUUCAGCUGACUCCAGGCUGCCACAGGGACGAUGGUGGAGCCGGAGCCAAGACUGACUGCAGGCCAGCGGCUGGGCGCUCAGGAAAGUCUGGGGAUCAGCACCCUGGAUCCGGGCCACAAGCCCCCCGCCAUGCCCCCGGGGCGCCAGGUCUCCGUCCGAGUGCACCUGCUGGAUGACACGGAGGAGGUCUUCGACGUCUCGCAACGGGCCUCCGGAAGGGUGCUGCUGGACCUGGUCUGCGCCCAUCUCAACCUCAUCGAGGGAGACUACUUCGGCCUGGAGUACCAGAACCACCGCAAGAUGACCGUCUGGCUGGAUCUUUUGAAGCCCACCAUCAAACAGAUCAGACGCCCCAAGCACACGGUCCUGCGCUUUGUGGUGAAGUUCUUCCCUCCGGACCACACCCAGCUCCUGGAGGAGCUGACCAGGUACCUCUUCGCUCUGCAGGUAAAGCAAGAUCUGGCCUGCGGGGUCCUGACCUGCAACGACAGCAGUGCCGCCCUGCUGGUCUCCCACAUAGUGCAGUCUGAGAUUGGGGAUUUUGAUGAGACUCAGAGUAGGGAGCACCUCCUCACUAACAGGUAUAUGCCUGACCAGGAGGCUCUGUUAGACAGGAUUAUGGACUGCCAUCGCAAACACACAGGGCAGACGCCGGCGGAAUCGGAUUACCAGCUGCUGGAGAUCGCCCGUCGGCUGGAGAUGUACGGCAUGCGACUCCACCCAGCCAAGGACAGGGAGGGCACCAAGCUGAGCCUGGCGGUGGCACACACCGGCGUCCUGGUCUUUCAGGGGCACACAAGGAUCAAUGCCUUCAACUGGUCCAAAAUUCGCAAGCUGAGCUUCAAGAGGAAACGCUUUCUCAUCAAACUCAGGCCUGACCUAAAUCAAAGCGCGUAUCAGGACACGUUGGAGUUCCUGAUGGGCAGUCGGGACUGCUGCAAGGUGUUCUGGAAGAUCUGCGUGGAAUACCAUGCCUUCUUCCGCCUCUUUGAGGAACCAAAACCCAAACCCAAACCCGUCCUCUUCACCCGUGGCUCCUCCUUCAGAUUCAGUGGACGGACACAGAAACAGGUGUUUGAUUACGUCAGGGACUCGGAAUUUAAAAAGAUCCCCUUUGAAAGGAAACACAGCAGGGUCCAGUCUCACAGCAGCCAGUCUCCACUGCCUUCACUGCAGCGCCCCCAAGUGCCAAAAGAAAGCGUGAUCAGCUCCUCAGGGGACGAGCUGGACUCUCCGAGCCGGUCGGGCUGGCGGGAGACGGUGUCGGUCAGCGUGGAGGACUCGUCGGCGUCGCGGAAAAAGAGCAGCCCCUCCCCCCAGCGCAACGGGCGCGAGGAGCGAGCGGGGCCUCGAGUGGAGCCGUCCCCCUCUGGUCAGCGGGCGGAGCGUCUGAGCACAGGAGUGAUGAUGAGCUGUCCCCGGCUCUCGGACUCGCCCAAUCAGGGUGCAGUGAACGGUCAGAGGCGUGGCCUGGCCCCCGGUCAGAGCCUGGACGGCCCCCAGCCCUCCCCCCUCACCAGCCCGCUGCUGAACGACGGCGGAUGCACGCGCACCGACGAUGAGGACGAGGUUCGGAGGAAGAGGUUUCCUACGGACAAGGCCUACUUCAUCGCCAAGGAACUGCUGACCACAGAGAGGACGUACCUGAAGGACCUGGAGGUCAUCACCAUGUCUUUUCAGAACUCAGUAGGGAAAGACGAGGCUACACCCGAAUCUCUCAGGAACUCCAUCUCCUCCAACUUCGAGCCCCUGCACAAGUUCCACACCAGCUUCCUGCGGGAGGUGGAGCAGCGGCUGGCUCUGUGGGAGGGACGGUCUAAUGCCCACAUUAAAGGAGACUACCAGCGCAUCGGGGACGUCAUGCUGAAGAACAUCCAGGGCAUUAAGCAGAUGACGGUGCACCUGCAGAGGCACUCGGAGGUGCUGCUGGAGCUGGAGCGGGCGUGCCGGGCCUCGCGGAGGGUGGAGGCGCUGUGCCGCGACUUUGAGCUGCAGAAGGUGUGCUACCUGCCACUCAACGUCUUCCUGCUCCGCCCCCUGCACCGCCUCAUGCACUACAAGCAGAUCCUGGAGCGGCUGUGCAAGCACUACCCGCCCACCCACCAGGACUUCAGGGACUCCAGAGCUGCCCUGGCUGAUGUGUCCGAGAUGGUGGCCCAGCUUCACUGCCCCAUGAUCAAGAUGGAGAACUUCCAGAAGCUUCUGGAACUGAAGAAGGACCUGGUCGGAAUCGACAAUCUUGCUAUACCAGGACGGGAGUUUAUCCGGUUGGGCUGUCUGAGCAAGCUAUCAGGAAAAGGCCUUCAGCAGCGCAUGUUCUUUCUGUUCAAUGACGUCCUGCUGUACACGAGUCGAGGGAUGACGACAGCCAAUCAGUUCAAAGUCCACGGGCAGCUCCCCCUCUACGGCAUGACAAUCAGGGAGAGCGAGGAUGAGUGGGGGGUGCCCCACUCCUUCACCCUGUCCGGCCAGCGCAGCUCCGUGGUGGUGGCGGCGAGCUCUGUAUCAGAGAUGGAGAAGUGGAUGGAGGACAUCAAGAUGGCCAUUGACCUGGCGGAGAAGUGCAACGGGCCCAGCUCUAACCCCGUCGUGGCCGGCAGCCCCCAGGAGAACAAAUCCUCGGAGGACCCGACUCUAGACCAGGAGUCGGAGGACGACCUGAGUGCCUCGCGCACUUCCCUGCAGAGACAGGAGGCUCACCGUGGUAACACCACAGUGCAUGUGUGCUGGCACAGGAACACCAGCGUGUCCAUGCUGGACUUUAGCAUUGCCGUGGAGAAUCAGCUGUCAGGAAACCUCCUGAGGAAGUUUAAGAACAGCAAUGGCUGGCAGAAACUGUGGGUGGUCUUCACUAACUUCAGCCUGUUCUUCUACAAGACAUAUCAGGAUGACUACCCCCUGGCUAGCCUGCCACUGCUGGGGUACUCUGUCACCAUUCCCUCUGAGAAUGAGAACAUCCACAAAGACUACGUCUUCAAGCUCCAUUUCAAAUCUCACGUCUACUACUUCAGAUCUGAGAGCGAGUACACCUUCGAGAGGUGGAUGGAGGUCAUCCGCAGCGCCACCAGCUCCACCAGCCGCACCCGUUUCCUGAGCCGAAAAGAGCCCCACCCCUACUGAUCCAAAGAGCCUGGGGCCCACCUGGGGCCUGCCAGGCCCCUCCCACCCCCUUCCUGUGUCACGCCUUGGCCCUCCAUACCACACCUCCUACCCAUGCAGUGCCCACGUUUUUGUACAAUCCAUGGAUCCCCCAUCCGCGCCACACCCCCAUGUUAGCCCAAACAACGCCUCCUGCCAACCGAAGGGCCCCACACUGUCAGCUGCGCAGUUUUCAGUUUCACUCUUUGAUCCUUUUAUUUUCUUUUUGACUUUGCUUUGUUUUUACGCAUAAAUGGGACACUUAUUGUCCCGGCACAAAAUUCUGUGCUUUCAGAGUAUUUCAGAGGUCAUGUGUGCUGGGUAACGACAGAAAGACUGCUGUCCUGCAUUUCUACUGAACUCUGAAUCAUCUUUUGUAGAAUGUCAUUUUAUACGAUUUUUUAAUGUGGUCUGUGAACCACUUUCUCUCAUUCUGGUUUUACAUGUUUUCAUUGGUUGUGUUUCUAAAAUGCAGACCUGUCGAAAAAGUUUUGUUUUAUUUUUAAACUACAGGUUUGUUUGUUGGAGAUAACUGCUACUUUUUUGCUACUCAAAACAUGUUUUUUUGUUUGUUUGUUUUGAAGGACAAUGGCUGCGUUCAAAUCCUACAGCAUGAGUGCCAAACAGGUUUUUUCCCAAUGACUGUCUUUAUAAUGUGAUUUUAAUAUGUUGGAGAUACGUAGGUUUCUAAAAAGGAAUUUCAGAGAAUCGAUGUACUAAAGUGAACUUAUAGGCACCUUUAAAAGAAAAUUUAUUUAACUCCAAGAUGUCCCUGGGAAAUAUGACUUGAAUUAAUAUGUUCAGGAUAACCUAAAGAUUUACGAUUCUGGUUUUUCAUAAUUAAUGUUUAGGAUUAAUAAUCAUUUUAAGUACAUCCUGAGUAGUUACUAUGCCAGUAUUGGCACUUAUACUAAAUUGAAAUUUCAAAGAACAGUUUUUUUUUUCCUGUUAACCCCACUUUGGACACAAUGCUAAGAGUGUCUCCUCCGUUCUUCUGUCCUGGGCUCAAAUAAGACUUCCUGUUACACUUCAUGACCUGUGCCCUAUGACCUAUGAACUAUCAUCAGUAUUCAUUCAGAGUAAAUUCUCAUAUGGAAAAAGGCUUUAAAGCCAAGGUAGGAAAUAGACUCUAAAGUUAUGAAGACACUUUCAGUCCACUAAAUAGCAGUCCUCUCAGGGGUUGUAAAUGGCUCCCAACUGGUGAGAGAAAUCCUUACCUGUUUAAAACCCUGUGCUGAGAUGCCAUUUUAAUCACACCGUAAGACAAGGUCUGCUUAUUUGCUAAAAUAAACAUCGAAGUACAUUUAAAUGUGACACAUCCUGCCAUUAAAAUUCCUCAUGUGGGGCCUGAUGAACAGGUUUAUCAACACUUCCGGGAUGAAUAAGAACUAUACUAGCCACGAGGAUAUGACUGUUGCCUGGGUAACAGCCUCUGCACAUACCAAGCAAAAGUGUCUCUGUACAUUUUUUACAUUCUCUGCCAGGUUCAAAUCACCAGGCCAGAGAUUGUUGGUCUUUGAUCAUGUACCUAAUUUGUACAGUACCCACUUACUUUUGAUACAAAAGCUGACCAAGACUCUGCCAGUAUCUUUUUAGAAUUUAAUUCACUUCUUUAUUAACAGGAAAACGUGCAGAAAAGGAUCGUUCUGAGUGCACAGGGACUUUAAAUGAUAUUGCUGAUGUGAGAGUAAGGAGUCUGUUUGUGGGGGGGGGGGGGGGGGGGGGGGGGGGGGGGGGGGGGGGGGGGUGAAUUCUACUGGAGAAAUGGAUGGAAUGAUCUGUGUGACCCCCCCUCCCCAAACAGCAGAAAGAUCUGUGGACACGAAAGCAAUAAAAAAAAAAAAACAUUUUAUGACACUUGCUGAUGU